ACACUAUCUAUUAUCAUUGUUAUGUGUGUGAACCAUCAUUUCCAAUAUUUUAAUUCAGGAUAUACUAAAGCAUAUAAAUUUAGGAAUACAAAUAUAAACAAAUAAUCGUAUCAUUCACUUUCUUCUUCCCUAAUAAACCAAACAAAGCUAACCAAAAAAUCCACCUGAAAAUUAAACCAAUGGAACCCAUCAACAAAUCUCCACAUUCAUCCACAUCAAACAACAAAUUCUCCUCAAUCUUCUACCUUCCACUCAUCCUGAUCAUUCCACAUAGCCACUCUGAAUCAGACCAUACCGCCUUAGUCUACCACCACUGCACCAACAACCAACCACCCACAUCUACAUCAAUGUCUGAAGCCCUCUCAUUCCUCUUCGAAUCCUUCAUCAAGCAGUCCACAAACUCCACCUUCCACAGACAAACCACCACCCAGAACGGCGUCCCAAUCUCGGCCGAGUACCAGUGCAGAGGGGACAUGAGUUUGGUGGGCUGCAAAAGCUGCGUAACUCAGCUAGGUAUUUUGUCGAACAGGUUGUGUGCAGGAGCGGAAACGGGGCGUGUGCAGCUUAGAGGCUGCUAUGUGCGGUACGAGGCAGAUGGGGAGGAAGUGAAAGACGAGUACGGGGAGUUGGUGCAUAAGGAAUGUGGAGAAAGGGCGGAGGGUGGCGGCGGCGGCGGCGGCGGAUAUGAGGUGGCGCUGUGGGAAGUGGAAGAGGGGAUUUUGAGGAGUGAGAGUGGGUAUUUUGAGGCGAGGAAUGAGGGAGUGAGAGUGGUGGCGCAGUGUGAAGGAGCGUUGUUGGGAUUGGGAAUGGGGUGUGGUUGUGCGGAGUGUGUCAGUGGAGCUGUGGAGGUGCUGCGACAGGAUUGCCGCGGAAGCCUUGAUGGGGUUGUUUAUUUGGAUGGAUGCUAUGUUACCUAUACAACCUACCCUCUACUAGAUCUGUCGAAAUUGGAGCCUCUAGAAGGAUCAAAUUAUCGUCUUGGUUUCAGAAUCUUCUUAUAUUUUUUUAGCAAACUGAAAGUUUAUUACAUCCUCAUUGGAAAUGAAUUUGAUGGAGGUAAGGUUAUUGACACAGGUAAGUCUGUUGUGGAGAUUGAUCCAAAUAGCUCCAAAGUCACAGAUCCGUUAGAAUUCUGUCAGUCUAGUACUAAACCUGCUACAGAUUCAAGAAAAUUUGAGAAAGAUAACAAGACAGUCUGUGGCCAUUUACUUAAUCAUCUAACGAGCUCGUUGUUUGAUCUGUUUGUGGUCCAAACAUCAGUAAAGGUGAUACAAGAUACUUUGGAGUCCAGAUAUGGAGGAGAUGAUGCAGAACGUAAGAAGUAUGUCAUUGAAAAGUGGCUGCAAUUCCAAGUGAUGGACAAGAAACCAAUUGUGGAUUAUGUUCAUGAAUAUGAGAAUCUGAUGGCGAAUGUACUAUCCGAAGGUAUGAAAAUGUGCGAAAUCCUCCAAGAAAAUGUACUACUUGAGAAAUUUCUACCGUCCUUGAGUGACUACCGGAAUCACUUGAAGCACAAGAAGAAAGACCUAACACUGCAGGAAUUGAUCAUUCACAUGCGCACGAAAGAAGCAAAUCGACAGAAUGAUAAGCCAAUUUAUGAAAAUUUAAAUCCAGUUAAUGCUAUUCUGGAUAUAGUUGAUGGCGAGUGUGUAUUCAUGAGAAACUCUGCUACUACAGGGGAACCUUGUGUCUGGGAGUUUGUUGAAUCAGAUUGGGCUUAA